AUGACAUUCAACGCGUAUGACCUGUCCUUGUACCCAGGAGUUGUGAUAACCAUCUUGCUGGCUAUCAUUGGCGUUUUUGGAAAUUGUAAUAUCGUUAGCUGCAGAAAACGGUAAGGUGGCUAGCCAAUUUUUUGUCUUUCAAUUCUUUGAAAUGUCCGCAUAUUCAUAAACUUAAUACUUAAUAACGCCUCUGUAUAUUGAAAUUGAGUAAUAAACUUGCAAGUUUGAGACCUUUUCGAACCUUUAAGCAUGUUAAAUUGUUUUGAAAAUUUAACUUCAUUAACCUGUAUUUAAAAUAGUCAGUAAUAAUAUUUUUAUAGAUAAAAAAACAUGUUCAUGAACAAUAUUUUUCACAUUUGUUUUACUUAACCAGAGUUCUAAAAAUACGAAAAAAAACCAAAAACUUACUUUUACUUGUGACUCACCAAAAACAUAAUAAAUUCUGUCGGCAGUAGGAAAAAUAAAUCGUACACAAAUUACAAUAGACUUACAAACAUACUUCGAAAUGAAAUUUCACAAGAAAAUAUUUUCUACAAGUCAUUGCCCGCUUUUCUGGGUCCCGCAACGAAAGUAUUUUAGUUGGCAAAACGCUUAAAGUUUAUAUUCUGAUGUUAUCGACAACUUUUCAGUGCUACUGCAGCACUAUAGAAGGUUUUCUUCUUAUCAUCGCUAGGAUAACAUUAUAACAUUCUGUAAUUUCAGCUCUCUCAGAUCAGCGUGCAAUAUUAUAGUAGCUUGUGGAGCUCUGUCAGACGUGUUUCAUCAAGGAUCUCACUUCAUCUUCGCCUAUUACUAUGUAACUGGAAAUGCCUUUCAGAACCUGCAAUGGUGCUACUAUCUGAACAUUCUUCCACUAUUCAACAUGAACUAUGGCUCGAUUCUGACGUUAUCCAUUGGCGUCGACAGACUGUUUUGCAUUACUGCGCCAGUAAUGUAAGUAAUUGUUGUUGUGGGUUAUGCACGGUAAUUCGGGUUUGGUAAAGAUUGUUUUUGUGAGUAAAACAUAAUUUUUGGGAAUCUUAUUACACUAACUGUUGAAAAAUACAGUGUUUAAGUUAUAAAAUGUAAAUUUAGAUACGCGAGGAUUAAGUUGAACACCUACUUGUUGAUAUUCAUGAUUCCUCAGAUGAUUUAUGGUUUUGUGCUGCUGUACAUAUGUCAUAAAAGUGUAGUGGUACAUAACAAUGAGUGGGUUUUGUGUUAUUUUAAUUCGAUUUUGAUGUCAUUAACUUGUAUUAUACUUUAAAAUAUUUUGAUUUCAUAUGAAUUAAAGUCACAAAAAUGGUUCUAAUAUAACAUAAAUUGUAUUAACUAAUGACCCGACAUUUAGGAUAUUUAGGUAUAAAUAUAAUAAUUUUGAGAUAUUGCACUUAAAUAAUUUGCCUAAUAUUAUAGUAGUGUCGUCUGUAUGAUAGCAGAAAUGUACGUAGGGAAAGCACAAGCAUAUUGGUCGUCAGCUCAAACCAUACUGUAUAUAUUGGUUAUCGUAUGUUAUAUUAUCCUUGGUCUUGUUGUGCGAUCAAAAAAGCUUGGAAAAGCCAUCAGAAGGUUUAUCAGAUCACUUAUGUUUAUCAUGAUAACCACGGUAUUUGGAUGGUUUAUGGUGGCUUUUACACUAAUGUUCUAUACGACUACUGUAACACAACCAAAAGAAUUUGAUCUUUUCUUUAUUCAUAUGAAUGUUGGAUGGGCUGCCAAUUUGGGAUUGGCUUCGAAUUAUGUCAUCUACUUUGCUUGCAGGUAAGAGGUGUUAAGUAGUGUAGUAAAAAAGUACAUUACUUGGGUAGUGCGGCCUCUGUUUAUAAGGACAGGUUUAUACCAGUCUAUUUAGUGGCAUACUAAAAGGGUUUGAUUUUAAUAUUAUGUAAAUUAUCACAGUUAUUGCUUGUAAAUUGAAAAAUAUUUGGGUGUGAUUAAUCCUCUGACAAAUUUUUUAGUGAUGAGUAUCGUAAAGCAUUUUACGAACAACUUAAAAUAUUAACCUUUGGUCGCAUUAAACAGUUGAAUCACAAUGUAACUAAGUUAGCAGUUACUACUACUAAACGUUCAAACAGUUCUAUCAAACACUAUUCUUCAAAUUUUUAA